AUGGCAAAAAGUCACAGGACAGACGUCCAGAUUCCUCCAUCUGAGAGAUGCUGCUGCUGCUGCUGCUGUCCCUGCUGUGGGCAGGUGAGUGGGCCAAGAGGAGAGGAGGUUGGCAGAGCAGGGGCUGUAUCUGACCAUCAUUUCCCACCAUGGACCCUGGCACAGGAUGACAGAUACCAGUUGGAAGUGCAGGAAUCCGUGACGGUGCAGGAGGGCCUGUGCGUCUCUGUGCCCUGCGUCUUCUCCUAUCCCAGGAAGAAAAGGACUUACGCUGCCCCAGUUCAUGGCUACUGGUUCUGGGAAGGGGCUGACACAUUCAAGGAUGCUCUAGUGGCCACAAACAACCCAGAGAGUAAAGUACAGAAGGAGACCCAGGGCCGAUUCCACCUCCUCGGGGACCCCCGGACCAACAACUGCUCGCUGGACAUCAGAGACGCCAGGAGGAGGGACGAUGGAAAAUACAUUUUUCGGGUGGAGAGGGGAAGUAUGAAAUGGACUUACAAAUCUAACUCUCUCUCUCUGCAUGUGACAGCCCUGACCCACACACCUGACAUCCUCAUCUCGGGGACCCUGGAGUCUGGCCACCCCAAGAACCUGAUGUGCUUUGUACCCUGGGCCUGUGAGAGGGGUACGCCCCCCAUCUUCUCCUGGACAACAGCAGCCCUCACCUCCCUGGGCCCCAGGACACAACUCUCCUCAGUGCUCACCCUCACCCCCCGGCCCCAGGACCAUGGCACCAACCUCACAUGUCAAGUGAAGUUCCCUGCAGCUGGUGUGACUGUGGAAAGGACCAUCCAGCUCAACGUCACCUGGGAACCUGGGACCAUGACUGGUGUGAUUCAGGGAGCCAUUGGGGGAGCUGGUGUCACUGUUUUUCUCUUUCUCUGCCUUGGCCUCAUCUUCUUCAUAGUGAAGACCUGCAGGAAAAAAGCAGCCAGGACAGCAGUGUACGUGAAUGACAUCCACCCUGCCAUUGGACGAGCUUCCCUGAGUCACCAAUGUGAGUCCAAGUUAGACAGAGCCACUGACUCGACCACCUCUGCAGGGACCUCCUCUCCCUUGGGGAUGGAGCCAGAGCUACAUUAUGCCUCCUUCAGCUUUCACAGGAUAAAUCCUCAGGAGGGCACCUAGAGGACCCAUUGAGCAGUCAACGGGAGCAUCAGUCUCAGCCAGAGCAUCCACAUCCCCUACAGGAAGGGGGCCCAAAGGAUGAACACUGGAGACUUUCCAUCCCCAUAGGCAAUGAGCUUAUAAGCUAUUAUUUGUGAGUUUCCUGCUAUACUGGAACUAUAUUAGGCUUUUCAAUCAGAAAGAUGAGGGAUCAAAUAUAUGGCCUUUUAUUUAUUAAGAAUAUAACAUCAUACAAGCCACCUUACCCUUCCAUGUCUCAGUUUCCUGCCUUGUGAAAUGGACAUAAGAAGUCCUACCUCACAGGUUUG